AUGAUUGGAAAGGUGGCGUUCGUUUUGACUACCGGUAUAAACAGUGCGUAUGUGUUGGGAUACUCAGGAACAAUCAUGGUUCCUUUAGGUUGGAUUGGUGGUGUUGUUGGUCUUCUUAUUGCUACUGCUAUCUCUCUCUAUGCAAAUACUCUCAUUGCUAAGCUUCAUGAGUUUGGUGGCAAAAGACACAUUCGUUAUAGAGACCUUGCUGGUUUCAUUUACGGUAGACAGGCUUAUCAUCUUACAUGGAGAUUGCAAUAUGUCAACCUUUUCAUGAUCAAUUGUGGAUUCAUCAUACUAGCUGGUUCUGCCUUGAAGGCUGUUUAUGUGCUUUUCGGGGAUGAUCAUACAAUGAAACUACCUCAUUUUAUAGCCAUUGCUGGUUUGAUUUGUGCUAUUUUCGCAAUUGGGAUUCCUCAUCUAUCAGCUCUUGGAGUCUGGCUUGCAGUUUCAACCAUCCUCAGUCUCAUCUACAUCGUUGUGGCUAUCGUGCUAUCGGUUAGAGAUGGACCAACUGUUGAGGGACACUAA